CGUUCCCUAAAUUGAGACUAAUGAGCAGCUCAGCACGUUUAAUAAGAUGACCUCCAGUCGGGCCUGCGGUUAAUCCUGCACAUCCCUCCUGAAGCUGUCAGCACACAGCAUGGCGUUUUCCCUGAGAAACGAUCCCCGCAGGCCAGACAGCCCGGACUCCGAGUCUCCGGCCUUGUCCACCUGCAGCAACGCAGACAUCUUCCGCAGGAUGAACACCAUGCUGGGCAACGCUCUGGAUUUCACCGGUGUGUGCACCACACCAAACAACAACAACACCAUCAAGGGAAAGCCAGACCUGCUGUGUGAGUCGGAGCUGGCUGCGGUGGGCAGCAGGAGGAUGCUCUUCCCCAACUGUGGCGGCGGAGGAGGCGUUGGCGGCGGUGGUGGUGUUGGCGGUGGUGGUGGCAGCGGCAUCAUGCACGGCUCCCAGGAGAUGCCGUCAUCCAGAGGCCCGCCGGGUGUCACAGACCUGGGCCUGGGCCUCCAGUCCCUCCGGCUGUCCGGCUGGGACAGACCCUGGAGCAGCCAGGAGACGGACGCACUCAACUCCCCCUCCCAGGUUCACACCAGCUCCCCCUCCAUGCUGGGUAUUCUGAACAGCCCCUUCAGCAGCCUCCUUGGGAAGCCCCCUGGCUACUUGCCCCCAGAGUCCAUCAGCAUGACAGCUGACUUCCUGGAGAAGUUCCCCAGCAUGGCCCGCAUGGCCAACCGCCUGGACUCCAGCUCCUUCUUGGACUCUCGAUCCAGCAGCCCGGAAGACUCGGAGACCAGCGGCUUCAGCUCUGGUUCAGACCACCUCUGUGACAUGCUGUCGACUUUGAGGAUUUCCCCCCUGCCUUAUCUGGCCUCAAGCAUGCAGAAGGAUCUGCUGCGACUGAGCUCCCGUCUGGACCCCCAGGACUCCAGCUCUUCCAUGACCCCCCCAUCCAGCGCCAGCCCCACCUCGGCCCUCUCCCGCCGCUGGCGUAGCGGCUCCCCGUGGCCCGGUACGGAGAUACUCGACCAGCCGGACGACACGUUCAGCAUUGAGAGGGAGGCUCGUCUGCACAGACAGGCUGCAGCUGUGAACGAGGCCACGUUCACCUGGAGCGGUCAGCUGCCUCCCAGAAACAACAAGGACCCUCUGUACUCCUGCAAGGUCUUUCUUGGUGGCGUUCCCUGGGACAUCACAGAAGCCGGCCUAAUCAACACCUUCAGUGGCUACGGCCCUCUGACUGUGGAGUGGCCCGGUAAGGAUGGAAAGCACCCUCGCUGUCCUCCCAAAGGUAAUGUGGCUAAAGGCUACGUUUAUCUGGUGUUUGAGAACGAGAAGUCUGUGCGGGCGUUGCUCCACGCCUGCUCUCAGGACCCGUUCCACCCCGAGGACAACAGAGAAUACUACUUCAAGAUGUCCAGCCGCAGAAUGAGAUGCAAGGAUGUGCAGGUGAUCCCGUGGGUGAUCUCUGACAGUAACUACGUGCGCUGCCCGGCUCAGCGUUUGGACCCGAGUAAGACGGUGUUUGUCGGCGCGCUGCACGGCAUGCUGAACGCCGAGGCGCUCGCCAGCAUCAUGAACGACCUGUUCGGAGGAGUCAUGUACGCCGGCAUCGACACGGACAAGCACAAGUACCCCAUAGGCUCUGGACGUGUCACUUUUAACAAUCAGCGCAGUUACCUGAAGGCUGUGUGUGCAGCAUUUGUGGAAAUCAAAACCCCCAAGUUUACAAAGAAGGUCCAGAUCGACCCAUACCUGGAAGACUCUAUGUGUCAAGUUUGCCUUCGCCAACCUGGGCCUUUCUUCUGCAGAGACCAGGCCUGCUUCAAGUACUACUGCCGCUCCUGCUGGCACUGGCAGCACUCCAUGGACAUCUUGAGCAACCACCGGCCUCUCAUGCGCAACCAGAAGAACCGGGACUCCAGCUAGAGCAGAUGGAUCCAAACACUCUGAAAGGGCCAGAGAGCUGAAGAACGAGGCUGCCCGCCAAGGAGAGAGCACGUGUGCCGGAUGUCCCUCGGCACGGGGGGGCACAACGGCACUCCACCAGGCACCGGGGGUUGAUAUCACUGUAGAGGAAAAUGUUCACUUUUUGCACUUGCUACAUUUUUGCUGUUGUUCACAUCGGCACUUUGCACAGUGACCUUGUUGAGGUGGGGGGGAAAGACAAGGUGCCCUUCACACUUAUGCAUUUUUUUUUUCCAGACGGAAAGAUGAGAGUCCGCCGACGGUUAGAGAAGUGGAUGUAAAAUACCAUUUCUUUUUCUUUUUCUUUUUUCAUGCGUUGCAUAGUGAAGAGCAAUCACGCAAGUCUCAUUGCCGUUCAUUGGCAAAUGCCAUACAGUGCCUUUAAAUUUUUAUUUUUCUCCCCCCCACUGCUCCCUGCCUCCCAUCUUAACCCCCAGUUGGCAAUUCUAUUUUCUUUUUUUUUGUUUUUCUUUUUUUUUCUGUGCAAGCCAACUGGUGUUUCUUACUUUAGGGAGUUGAAUGUUGGGCUUCAUUUAAACCAGUCGCAUUUCAGACAUUUUUACGCAGUUUUUUACUAAUUUGUACACCAACGGUUUUAAGUCAUGACAUGAAAAAUUUUGAACAAUUCUAUCAGGCGGCUGUUUUUUGGGAAAACCCAUCUUUUAUUUUUUCAAUUUAUCUCAUACGAUUUUUCUGUAGCUUUUUUCUUUUUUAAUUUUUCCCAAAUUUCAACUGAAUGGGCACAAAAUGUUGGAAGUACUACUUUAACUUGCUUUGUUUGUCCAGUUAUAUUAAAUGUAAGUAACAAUAGUACUGGAUACGCCUCAACUGGGCUGUCCGUCGUUUCUCAAGCACCUGAUGGAUCCCGGUGAGACUCGAGUGAAUGAGCAUUUGAUUGUACAAAGUUUGAUUUAUUUUGUUGCACUUUUUAAUUUGCACGUGUGGAGAGGUGGCGGUGGUUUUUAAUCACUUUUGUACAUCAGCAGGGGGACACGCCUUCGUUAGAACAGCUGCUAGUUUCCCGUUGAAUGUAAGAACUUCCACUUAGCUGAUGAUAAAUUUAAUCGAUCCAGAGCUUGAGUAGACCCCAGUAAAUGAUUCCAACGCUUUCUUAAUCCCAUUUUGCCUUCCUGUUCCAGUUGGGACAUAAAUGCAUAAUAAGCUGUGUGCCAAAGACUUGAGUGUCUUUUUACUUUUUCCAUUAAGUUUGUCAUGCUGAGCUUGUUGUCACUUGGCCCAGCUGCUUUUUAGAGUUUUGAAAGUCUACCUCAUUGUGGUCUGCCAAGUUUGCUGCUACUUACAGUUGUGGAGUUUGUUCAGAUUGGGCACAAUA